CCAAGACAUAUUUAUUCGGUACUUUAAUUUGUUGCCGAGGUUCAGAUCGUGCUUUGUUGGUUCCCAGCAACUGUUAGCAACCAACUCUAUAUUUACAGUCAUUUAUAACCAAAUGAAUAACUCCUUCAAAGUGGGAGCAACCUCUUGAAUAUCAACAGUGCAAUUCAUCCCGCGAGCAUAUUUCUUAAAAAAGUGGAAUGCUUGCUUCCGGUGCAGGGACUGGAGGUAGUAGUACACCAGAUUCAAAUGAAUUUGUUCGUGGUACUAGUCCCGAAUUUACAGACGAAUUAGGUGAACUUGUUCCAGUACUUGACUCAAUACAUUUAGUUCCAUAUAAAAAAAGUUCCCUAGUUGGUUCCUCCUCUCCUUUUGAUCCUAAAAAAGUUAAAGUUACUGUUCAGCGUCCUGGUGACCAAAAAGCCUAUCAAUGUGGACCACAUCUUAGAAAAACCAAGAAAACAGACUCAGAUGCUAUCAAAGAAAUUAAUCGUUGUCGUGAAGAGAAUACUACACGUUUAGACUUAACUAAAGGUCAAUUACACUUUCUACCACCAUCAAUACGUGAUGUCGCACAUCAUCUAAAAGAACUUUAUCUAUAUUGCAAUAAAUUAGUGAAUUUGCCGAAUGAAAUUGGCACAUUGUUUGCAUUGGAAAUUUUAAUGGUACAAGAGAAUUCAUUAAGUGAUCUACCAGAAACAUUAGCACAAUGUACACAAUUACGUGUAUUAGAUAUAAGACAUAAUAAAUUAUGUGAAAUCCCUCAAGUUGUUUAUAAACUACAUAACUUAACACAUUUAUUUCUACGUUUCAAUCGAAUUCGUGUAGUGGAUGAAGAAAUUAAAUAUUUAACCAAGCUUCAAGUUCUUAGUUUACGAGAGAAUAAAAUCCAUACACUCCCAGCUGAUCCUGGUAUCGGUCAGUUGACCAAUUUGAUUACAUUAGAUGUUUCACAUAAUCAUUUGGAGCAAUUAUCUGAAAAAAUUGGUCAUUGUCAAAAAUUGUGCACAUUAAGCUUACAACAUAAUGAACUACGUUCGCUACCGAAUACAAUUGGUGAUUUAAAAAUGUUAGAAAAUAUUGGCUUGAAAUAUAAUCACUUGGAAUCAUUACCAGAUUCGUUAGCACUUUGUACAAAUCUCUUAGAAUUAAAUAUUGAAGGCAACAAUAUUUGGCAAUUACCGGAGGGACUGCUAACACAUUUGAAAAAAGUUUCCUGUGUGACAUUGUCAAGAAAUUAUUUUAAUAUUUUUCCAUCUGGUGGUCCUCAGCAAUUUACUUCAUUACAAUCUCUCAAUAUGGAGUACAAUCAAAUAACUCGAAUACCGUUUGGUAUAUUUUCACGAGCAUCAAAUUUAACUAAAUUAAAUAUGAAAGAUAAUCAAAUCGGUGCUUUUCCACCGGAUAUUAAAAGUUGGACAAGUCUAGUUGAAUUAAAUGUUGGUACAAAUCAAUUAACAAAGCUUCCAGAUGAUAUAGAAUAUUUAAUUAAUUUGGAAGUAUUAAUUUUGAGUAAUAAUCAAUUAAAACAAAUCCCAGUAACUAUUCGAGAAUUACAAAAACUACAAGUUUUAGACUUGGAAGAAAACCAUUUAGAAAGUUUACCGCCAGAUAUUGGUUAUCUAGGUGAACUUCAAAGAUUGGUGGUCCAAUCGAAUAGGCUGACUAGUUUACCUCGAGAAAUUGGUCGCUUAUAUAAUUUGAUUUAUUUAGCCGUUGGUGAAAAUGAACUACAAAGUAUACCAAAUGAAAUUGGUGAUCUACAUAAAUUGGAAACAUUAUAUUUAAAUAAUAAUUUGAACUUACAUGAUCUUCCAACUGAAUUAGCUAUGUGUUGUAGUCUACAAAUGAUGUCCAUUGAAAAUUGUCCUUUAACUCAAAUUCCUGUUGAAGUUGUAACUGGUGGUCCUUCACUAGUAAUUCAAUAUCUACGUCUACAGGGCUCUUUCAGUCAUAUAUGAAUCGUUAAGCUGUUUCAAAUUAUUUCUUCGUCUUCUCUUUGAAUUCUCGACAUCAUUGAAAUACAAAACAACAGGAAGUACGAGUUUUCUGUUGUUAAUGGAUGAUACAUUGAUUCCAUAUGUCAAUUCAAAUGUGUUUUUGUAUACUUAUAUGCUCAUAAUUAUGCACACAUGUAUGAUAGCACGUUUGUGUACUUCAAUUACUACAGAGCCUUGUGAUUUACCAUUAUUAAACCAAACUUAUUUUUGAAAUAUCUGAUACUGCACAAAAUGUUUAUGUAAAUUACUCAGAAAGGCUAAAAAGCUUCUUUCAUCAUUGUCUAGUUUUCAAUAAUAUUUUGACUUCUGUACAUGUUGAUGAUUUUCUCUGCAUGUAAUCGUUAGCUAACAAAAAGUUUAUGAUUGAUUAUUUGAGAAGUCUUUCGCUUCUGAUUUUUGAUUUAUUUUUGUGAAUAUUUCUCUUGAAGUAGAUCAGUUGAAUAUCGAAAAAUUUUUGUAUAAAAAAAAUCAGAUUUCUUAAUGUGUCAGCGUUUAUGUGUAUUCAUCUUUUCUUUUUCUCUUUAAUUUUCUGUUAGUUAGUAUAUUUCCACCUUCGUAAGUUUUUCACUUAUUAUCUUGUCUCUAAAAUCUAGUCUCAAUGCACAUGCAUUUAAUAUACUCUGUCGAUUGUACUGCUAAGCCAUAAACUUUAAAAUGUAAUUACUUUUGCAUGGCUAUCACACCCUUUAGAACGUUGUAAUGUGACAAAUUAAUAAGAAGAGGAUAUGAACUGUUCCGCGAUAUAUAUAUAUAUAUAUAUAUAUAUAUAUAUAUAUAUAUAUAUAUAUAUAUAUAUAUUCAAUCUCUUCUACUUGCAUAUCCCUAAAUAAAACGAAACAUCAAAAUUCUGUGUAAUUAUUAUUUUUUGUAACUUCAUUUUUUUGUUCGUUUUAACUUUCAGACUAUUUCUAACGGUUUAUCAUUAUCUUCGUGUUUAUUUCUGAUUAUUUAAUUUUUUUGUGACUUAUAAAAGCGCAUCUUUUCUUUGAUUUCUUUAUUCAGCUUCACUCUUUUUGCUUGUUGCUAAUCAGUCAGUUUUUAUAUAUCUGGAUGUUUAUAUCGCUUUUUCUAAGAAUAAUUUGAUAAAAUUGAUUUUAGCUGAAAGACAGAUUAGUGUUUUCUUUACAGAAUUAAAAAUUGUUGAGA